CAAUUGGACUGGGGCGGAGGGAGAAACGCUGUCAUGCACAGAGCUCCCUCCCUGGAAAGCCUACAAGAACAGCUGGGCUGCAUGAGAGUGCCACGGGCAUGAAAAUGCUGGGAAUGAGUUACUUGCAAAGUUUGACCUGGUUGCCUUUCUGAUGCUGCAGCAGAAACUGAAGCAGGGUUUUGUUCCCCCACCGUCCAAGGGACUGAUCCACGGGAGAGGCUGAAAUAUAAUGCAGACACUGCCCCCUGAUUGAUUGCUUGCAAAAAGAGGAAGCUUGCAACAGCGAGCGGGGUCGCUCCUGCUUUGCUCACCUUUCUAGACAUAAAGCAAAAAACCCACCCUAGAGAGAGACAGACACACACACACACACAGCUAUCUGGCUGGAAAAGCCUAGCAAACGGAUGCACGAAGAAGCUGCUGUCCUGACACCAAGAAGCCCCCAGCAGCUGCAGCUCCGAAGCGAUCUGAGACUGUGAAUGACAUUUGUCCAAAGGGGGCGGGAGGGGAGGCGCAUUUGUGAAAAUGCAAAGUUCCCCCAAGGUGCAGGAUGCUGCGAAGCUCUGAAGACAGAAGGAUCCGGAAGCUCAGCCUGGGGAAAGGGCUGUUUCUCUCUGUUCACACACAUGCAAAGGACACUCGCCCCAUGCCUGCAGCUGAGUCCCUGGGGGGUGACGGCGAGGCUGGUGCCCGGAGACGAGGGAGGCUGCUGAGCCAGUGCUGCCGAGACAUCUGAGGACACAGGCGGCGUGACAUGCGAUCCACUGCAGCAUCAAACUAAGAGCCCAGCGCUGGGAAAGGAGGAGGAGGGGUGGGGAGAAGCUGCGAAGCCACCGCCGGGCUUGUAUCCUGCCGGCUUCGCAUCCUUCCCAAGCCCAGGUGGCGGGUGAGUGGAGAUGUCACGGGAGGCGAUUGUUUGCUGCAGGCUGGGUCAGCGUGACGGAUCGUGACCUAGGGGGAGCGCAGCUCUACCCAAAGCAGCCAGGAAGCAGCAGCAGCAGCCACCAGUAACAGCUGAGAAACUUUGACAAAACUUCUGCAGAUCCCACAGCCAGGUGCAGAGCGGCGAGGGAAGUUAUGAACAACUGCAAGUCCGGAAGUGAAAAUCUACAGGGGCUGUGAGAAGAAGUAUUUUUAUUAUUUAUAUAGAUGUGUCUAUCUGCAUUCUGCAUUUUCAUCCAAAGAAUAGAAGGGAAAUGCCAGCUUUGCUGAUGUUUCAUGGUGAACAGAUGGCAUUCAAAAAGAGGAAGGACUAAAUAUUCUCAUCUUUAAAAAAAGGAGAUGAUUAUUUAUUGAACUCAAGACUUUUUUUAAAUCCAAAGAAUAUAUGAAUGAAAGAUUUCAUCUGUCAUUAUCUGGAGAAUAAGAAAAGGCCCCUUUGCUUCUAAAGAGUGCAGCUAAAUCCAUAAAAGCAGCAGUGAUAAUACUGAAUUUCAAAUAGAGACUUUAUGAUGAAUUUUCUAUCCUAUGGAUAUCAUUUUUGAAAUUACAAACCAGGAAGAUCUAUAUUUGAUCUAACACCAUAUCAUUUCAAUGCCUAAUCUUCCCCAGGAUUGCUGGAGUGUCCUAGGAAUUGCACUGGUGUUGUAUGCCAUGGGCUGUAUUCAGAGUAUUAGCUGCAAAUCCAAAGUUUUCCGGGAAAGUAUUUCAGUGAUUGAAGUGAAAGCCUCCAUCGAUCCUGUUCCCACCAGCAUCGACGAGUCAUCCAGCGUGGUUCUGCGAUACCGGACCCCUCACUUUCGAGCCUCGGCCCAGGUCUUGGUACCGCCUAUCGCCAAGAAAGAGACCUGGAUCGUGGGUUGGAUUCAAGCAUGUAGCCAUAUGGAGUUUUACAACCACUAUGGGGAGCAGGGAAUGUCGAGUUGGGAACUCCCAGAUCUGCAAGAUGGCAAGAUCCAGGCCAUAAGCGACUCGGACGGCGUGAACUACCCCUGGUAUGGCAACACCACAGAAACCUGCAUGAUCGUGGGGCCCACCAGGAAGGAAUCCAAGUUCAACAUCAGUAUGAAUGAUAACUUCUACCCAAGCGUCACAUGGGCGGUGCCUGUGAGCGAGAGCAACAUGGCAAAACUCACGAGCAUCCACCGGGAUCAAAGCUUCACCACCUGGUUGGUUGCCACCAACACGGCCACCAGCGAGAUGGUGACCCUGCAGACUAUCAAGUGGCGUAUGAGGCUGGGCAUAGACGUGAAUCCCAGCAGACCCUUGGGGCAGCGUGCCACACUGCGGCAACCCUUUGCUCAAGAGCAGCCCCAGGUCCUUAGCAAGAAUGAGCCAAUACCACCCAGUGCCCUUGUGAAACCCAAUGCCAAUGAUGCUCAGGUACUCAUGUGGAGGCCAAAGGACGGGCCACCACUAGUGGUGAUCCCUUCAAAAUAUCGGUAAUAGCAACCUGGUGUCCCGGCACCAGAAGGGAAGAAAAUAACCCUGCACUUAGAUACUUUUAGAAUCUAAGCAAAAUUGAGAUGCACUUUUUAUUCAUUCAACAGAAAUGCAACCAUUCUACCUUCUCCCAUUGGGACGGAUCUCACUGUGCUGAAGCUAAAGAGGAGACCUUGGCCACGGUCUGUCUCGUCACCUGAUUCCUAAGGAGGAAUCCACGAACUAACUUUAUUUCUAGCCCUGUAACUUCCUUUUCUUCCUGACUUUAGUUAUUGUUUGAACUUCAGUCUCAUUAGCUCACCCAGAUUGUCCAGAACAAAAUAAGAUUUUUAUCGGGCAUUUUAUUAUGUUUGGUGGGAGGGAAGGGAUUUUUUUUUUCUCCCCAGAAUGAAACUCAAGUUCCUGGAGCUAAACGCUGACUAUUUAUUAUUAUGGGGUUUUUUUUUUAAAUGAUAAAAGGUUCUGAGUUGCAAACCUAA